UUUCUUUGCUUUUCCUCCGAUUAGAUUGUCGAUUUGCCGCUACUAUUGAUUGCGAGCAAGAACCCUAAUUCCCCAUCUACACAUACAACCAUGGUUCUUCAGGGAAAAUCCUCCAAUGUCCCCCGGCAUGUUGAUCGGAAGGCCCUCUAUACCGAUCUUGGGGCACGAGUCCACUACUUGCAGCAGUUUCUAGAGUUCAGCGAGGAUGAUGUCGCCGCUCUGAACAAGGGAUCCAAAUACAUCAAGGCGCUGGCGCCUACCCUGGUCGAUAAAGUAUACGCGAAGCUCCUCGAGAACGAUAUCACAGCUCGCGUCUUUCGCACACGCGACACAUCACUGGAAGAUGAGGAGGAAACCACCUAUCCCACCUUUGACAGCGCCUACAUUCAGCGCCGCCGGAUGUUCCUGCGCUGGUACAUGACCAAGCUUUGCUCUGACCCUACCAAGCCGGAAUUCUAUGAGUACCUGAACAAAGUCGGGCGUAUGCACAUUGGCAAAGACCGCAUGCUCGCCUUCCACGUGGAAUACAUCCACAUCGGCGUGUGUCUGGGGUACAUCCAGGACAUCAUCCUCGAGGCGGUCUUCAGUCACCCGCAGCUCACGCUCGCCUUCAAGCUGGCGCUGGUCAAGGCGUUGAGCAAGGUGAUCUGGAUCCAGAACGAUCUCUUCGCCCGCUGGCAGGUGCGCGACGGCGAGGAGUUCAUGAAGGACGAGACUGAGUCGGUUCACGAGAACAAGGAGCAGCAGCAUGAUGAUGCGACCUCGUACAUUACCCGCUCCAACACGCAGCUCUCCGAAGCCCCGAGUAGUAUCUUCUCCGAUACGCGGUCGGUUGACACGGCCACCAGCCAUUUCACCGCCACGAUGCACGCCCCAAGUUCCUCCCACUCCUCCCACUCAGCCUGUCCGUUCUCGGGCGGAUUCAAGCAGUCCUUCGAAACGAAGGUCUGGUCAGGGCCAGAUGGGAAAAGAGGUCACUGACCGAC